AUGGCCAUCAUCGGGGCCAAAGAACAUCAUGUCGACCCUCAGUUGUCGCAAAUUGCGCAGAAUGACAAGACGAUCUGGUACAAGAAGCCGAACCUGCGCUUCCUCUAUCUUAUUCUCAUCCCAACCGGGCUCGGAGUUGAGUGGACCUCAGGCUUCGAUUCUUCUAUGAUGAACAGUCUUCAAGCUGUUUCGUCUUGGUUCGAAUACUUUGGUCGUCCUAAUUCUUCAAGGCUUGGCCUUCUUAGCGCAAUCUACUCUCUUGGCGCUCUGAUGGCCAUCCCAUUCGUCCCUUACUUCAGUCAGCGUCUUGGUCGUCGACGAACUAUUCUGAUGGGAUCAUGGAUCAUGGUUCUGGGUGCUGGGCUCCAAGCUGGGUCCAGGAACGUCGAUAUGUUCUUAGCCUCGCGAUGGAUUCUGGGUUUUGGUAUCCCCUUUGCCAUCAUCAACGCUUCCUCGCUCAUCGGCGAACUUUCCUAUGCCAAGGAGCGCCCAAUUAUGACGAGGUUAGCUGAAAUCACUUCUUGGGCCAUCGUAGCAGCAGGCAUCACAUUCGGCACUUUCCAAAUGAGCACUACCUGGGCUUGGAGGAUUCCUAGUCUACUUCAACUCGUACCCAGCGGUUGUCAAAUUGUCUUUAUGCCUUUCUGCCCGGAAUCGCCUCGCUGGCUGAUAUCAAAAGACCGUGGCGACGAGGCAUUCGCAAUUCUCAGCAAGUACCACAGCGAAGGGGAGAACGGCGAAGAGUUUGUCCGUCUCGAGUAUGCUCAGAUUAUAUCCACUAUCCAGCAAGAGAAAGAGGUCGCCAGUAAAUUCCUUUGGGCCGAUGUCUUCCGCGAUGCCGCCAUGCGUCGUCGUUUCAUGUUGGCUGGCAUCAUGGGCUUCUUCACACAGUGGUCUGGCAACGGAUUGAUUUCUUUCUACAUGAAGAAAAUCCUCAACCUUGUUGGUAUCACGGACAACCACACUGUGCAGAAGUUCAUUUUGGGCAACACGUGCUGGGGCUUCAUCAACGCCGUACCGAUCGCAUUAAUAGCCCCACGUUUUGCGAGAAGAAAAAUGUUCCUCACGUGCACGAUCGGUACUGCGUGUGUUUACACCGUCUGGACCGUCGCAUCGGCCAGGUUCGCCAUCGAGCAAUCCCAAAAAGCUGCUAUCCCAGUUCUGGUCUUCAUUUUCGUUUAUUCGCCGUUCUACAAUAUUGGCUGGAAUGCUCUUGCUUACACUUAUCUCGUGGAACUUUUCCCAUUCAGUCAAAGAGCGAAGGGAAUUGCCGUAGAACAACUUACCGUCCGCUUUGCCGUUUUCUUCAACACCUAUGUCAACCCGAUUGCGCUCGACUCCAUCGGCUGGAAAUACUACAUUGUGUAUUGUGUGUGGAUCUUGGUGGAGAUCUUGACGGUUUACAUGAUCUUCCCCGAGACUCAAGGCCGCACCCUUGAAGAGCUGAGUUUCAUGUUCGAGGGCAAAGAUGUGCAGGACAAGGUUCAGAAGAAUGCUCAGAAGGUGCUUCAAGUCGAGCUUGAGGAUAUUCGCGAACGACCGGUCUCACGUGAAUCACGGGAUGUGCCUGGAAACACAAAGGUGUAA